UUCGCGCAAGCCAGAGGAUUAGGGUUUCCACAGAGAACGAAAUGGUGAAAUUCCUCAAGCCUAACAAAACUGUGCUCCUUCUUCAGGGGCGCUUCGCCGGAAGGAAAGCCGUGAUCGUUAAGGCAUUCGAUGAAGGAACACGUGACCGGCCGUACGGGCACUGCCUGGUUGCCGGAAUAGCCAAGUAUCCGAGCAAGGUGAUAAGGAAGGACUCGGUCAAGAAGACGGCCAAGAAGUCGAGGGUGAAAGCCUUCAUCAAGCUCGUCAACUACCAGCACGUGAUGCCCACGCGCUACUCCCUCGACGUCGACCUCAAGGAGGUGGUCUCCGUCGACGCGUUGCAGUCACGCGACAAGAAGGUCACGGCCGCCAAGGAGAUCAAGGCUAGAUUGGAGGAGAGGUUCAAGAGUGGCAAGAACCGGUGGUUCUUCAGCAAGCUUAGGUUUUGAGAAUUGAGAGAUCAUUUUUACAUUUAUCCAAUUGGGUUUUGCUUUUUGAUCAAUGCAGUACUAAAAAAUUUGAGUGUUAAUUCACAGCAUGUGUUCAUCCGUGUUCACUAAUUAUGAGCUUUGUUGUUUU